ACCAUUAACUUGAUUCUUGCAUUUCAGAAAUACACACAUGUCCGGCUAGCUCAGAGGCAAGACCCAUUACCUUAUUAUAAAAGCAAGCUAUGGUGGUGUGGAAUCCUGCUGAUGGGCGUUGGUGAGCUGGGGAACUUUGCUGCUUACGGUUUUGCUCCAGCUACACUUAUUGCUCCUUUAGGCUGUGUUUCGGUCAUAGGAAGUGCAGUCAUCUCAAUUUUCUUCUUGAAGGAAUCUUUGAGGGCAUCGGAUAUAAUAGGUGGGACACUGGCAGUCACAGGGACUUAUCUUCUGGUAACCUUUUCUCCGAAUGCAUCUCAAGAUAUUACAGCACUGAAAGUAGAACGCUAUGUUGUAAGCUGGCAGUUCUUGGUGUACUUGGUACUCGAAGUAAUAGUAUUCUGUGUCCUGCUGUACAUCUACAAGAGGAAGGGGGUGAAUCACAUAGUGGUCCUGCUACUUUUAGUCGCUCUGCUGGCUUCGGUAACAGUGAUUUCAGUAAAAGCUGUGGCUGGCAUGAUAACAACGACCUUCAAGGGGGAAAUGCAGCUUACGUACGCCAUCUUCUACGUCAUGGUAGUUGCAAUGGUCGCAUCAUGUGUCUUUCAGGUCAAGUUUUUAAAUCAGGCAAUGCAGCUUUACAAUGCAACUGAAGUGGUGCCAAUUAACUAUGUGUUCUUCACCACCAGCGCUAUCCUUGCAGGAAUAAUUUUUUACCAGGAAUUUCGGGAUGCCUCCUUACUGAAUAUAUUCAUGUUUCUUUUCGGGUGCCUCUUAUCUUUCCUUGGGGUGUUUUUAAUUGCGAGAAACCAGAAGAAGCAUACUUCCCAAGAACCUUAUAUCAACUGUGGAGAAAUUCCUGGAAAGGAAACAAUGGAUAAAAUCCAGCCAAAUUCAAACAGCAUUACAUAUGGGGCUCUGCAUGAUUAGCUACUCACACAGCAGCCAAGCAGAGAGAUGAAAGUCAAAGAAAAGAGGUCGUGAAGUAGCAGCGUUUAUUUACUGCGCAAGAUUUUCAGCGCUGUGUCGUCUCUGUGUCUCAGAUCAUUUUCCGUAUCGUUUUCAUGUGUUUUAUGCAAGAAAACUUGUUAAGUUUUCUCGAGAACCUUUGAUGUCUUCACAGUUUCAAAACUCAAAUGCUGCACAAUCUCAAGAGUUUGGACUGGUCUUCAUUUGCUAAUGAUAAACUCUGAGCAGUUGCUCUGUAUAAUUGCUGUA